ACAGCGGUGAAUGGUCGACCGGAAGUUUACAAAUCGCCAUCAAUUUCCAACUUGGCUAUGAGCAUGUAUACUCCUUCAAAAUUUACUAAUACAUACCAAUUUGUUGAAAACGAUAUGUGAUAAAGCUUCAGCAAAAUGAUUCCAGAGAUCGAGGCGUCUGUACAGAUGCGCCUCUAUACUCUUAACAAGCGGCAGUUUGUAUUGGUAUUUGCUGCAUUCUUUCUGUGCUUUCUCCUCACAGUAUUUAUAGGACUGGCAGGACCAUCUGUUAUUGAAACAUCAGAGACAUCUGCUGCAGAUCUAAAUCCAAAACCAAAUUUGCAGACUGGCCCUUUUAUCUUGCCUUCUUCAUUAAUGUCAACAUUUCACCAGCAGCUGUGGUUGAUCGCACAAAUACAAAUCAACUCAACUGGUGAUGUUGAAGUACACACAUCAAGUCCCUUUAUGGUUGGUGUACGGAUAGCAGGCUUGAAGAGUCAUGGGGUGAAAGAUCUGCUCUUGGAUGGAACCAUGCAUAACAGGUCCAGGGAACUGAAGUGUUCAGGACAGACUUGUGAUGACCUGAACAUGUUACACCUUGGUUACCUUGACUACAGCAGAUAUGUUGUUACUAUAUAUUUCUUUGGAUUAGAGAAACAAAAAGUUCUACAAAUUAGAGAUGUGAAAUUCCAGUUCAAGAGCUACAAUCCCACAUUUACACAGAUAGAGAUCUGGUUCCGCUUUGUUUUCUUGUUGAUAACUUUCUUGGCUACAUGUGCAUUUGCCCAUUCACUGAGAAGGUUCACAGUGCGGGACUGGUCCAUGGAGCAGAAGUGGAUGUCAGUUUUGAUGCCCCUGUUGUUACUUUAUAACAAUCCUUUCUUCCCAUUGACAUUUCUGGUGGAGAGCUGGAUCCCUGGCAUGUUUGAUGCCAUAUUUCAGGCAUCAUUUCUGUGUGGUUUACUUCUGUUCUGGUUGUGCUUAUAUCACGGAGUGAGACAGACAAAAAGACAUUUCUGUUCUUUCUACUUGCCUAAACUGGUUGUUGUUGGAUUGAUAUGGAUCUCAGCAGUGACUUUGGCAUCCUGGCAAGCUUAUAAUGAACUACAAGAUCCCACAUAUAACUACUCACUGGAUACUGCCAACUAUUUGGGAUUUCAAGUAUUUUUCUACACAAUUGGUGUUGUGUACUUACUGUACCUUAUAUUCUUAUUAAUAAGAGCUUACGCAGAACUAAAAUCCAUGCCUUUCUUUGAUUUGCGUCUCAAGUUUAUGACAACAUUAAUGUUGAUAGUUCUUGCCAUAACUGUUGCCAUAACAGCACUACGAUUUGGCACCAAUAUAUCCCAGGAUGCUGUUGUGACUGGAUCAUCGAUCCACUAUCAGUCCAGUGCCGAAUUCUUGUCCUUCUAUGGAUUGCUGAAUUUUUACCUGUAUACUAUGGCUUUUGUGUACUCUCCAUCCAAGAAUGCUUUAGUUGAAUCCCAUUUUCGAGAUAACCCUGCUCUCUCCAUGUUGAAUGAUUCAGAUGAAGAUAUCGUGUAUGGUUUAUGA